AUGCCAUUUUUCGAAACUUGUGGGCCGAAUGAAGUGCUGGUGAUUUCUGGAAUGUGCCAUAGUGCUCCAGUCUACGUAACUGGAGGUCGAGCUUUUGUUUGGCCUUGGAUUCAGAUGUCACAGCGUAUUUCUCUGAAUACUAUAACACUGGAAGUAAUCAGUCCUAGAGUUUAUACCCAGAAGGGUGUUCCCAUUUCAGUAACGGGGAUAGCACAGGUUAAAGUUGAGUCGAGAAAAAAGGAAACUCUUGCUAUUGCCUGUCGGUUGUUUCUCGGCAAAACAGAAGAAGAGAUCCGACAGAUUGCUUUGGAGACUCUUGAAGGACAUCAGCGCGCUAUAAUGGGUUUAAUGACUGUUGAAGAAAUUUACCAGGAUCGGAAGAAAUUUAGUGAAAAGGUUUUUGAAGUUGCCAAGUGUGACCUUGUUAACAUGGGAAUCACCGUUGUAUCCUACACGAUAAAGGACAUCCGGGAUGACAAUGGUUAUCUGCUAGCUCUUGGGAUGAAAAGAACAGCCGAAGUCAAGAGAGAUGCACGUAUUGGGGAGGCAAUUGCUAAAAGGGACCAAGUAAUAAAGGAAGCUGCCGCUGAAGAAAAACGUCAGAUAGCAAAAUAUAUGAAUGAUAUUGAAAUUGCUAAGGCCAAACGGGAUUACGAGUUGAAACAGGCGGAAUUCGAUUAUGCUGUUAAUGUAAACCAAGCCAAAGCAGAUUUUGCGUAUGCUUUACAGGUACACAAUAUCCUUGCUAUUUACUUUUUUUCUUAUACUAUAUGA